AUGAAUGAUGGUAAAUUUGAUAAAUUUAAAGAUUCUAGAGAAUAUAAUGUAAAAAUUAUAGUUGGUAUUGAACCAAAUAUUAAAGAAUUUAAAGCUCAUUCGAUUAUAUUACAAGCACGUUCAGAAUAUUUUCAAGCGGCAUUAUCUAUACGAUGGGCACGAGAAAAAGAUGGAUAUUUUAUAAUCAAAAAACCUAAUAUUUUACCUAAAAUUUUUGAAAUUAUACUCAAUUAUAUUUAUACCGGUAUAGAUCCUAUGGAUAACUGUGAUAAAUGUGAUGGAGAAGAUUCACUUGAUAUCUUAAAAGCAGCAGAUGAACUUGGGUUAUAUAGUUUAAUUCAAAAAGAAUCAGCAUUAGGAGAACUAUUGAAACGAGACGACCUUGAAAUAGAAGAAGUUAAAAUUUGGAAUUAUUUAAUAGAAUGGGGAAUUGCCAAUUCGAAUCCACCUUUAAACCGAGAUAUUUCAAAAUGGACAGAACAAGAAUUCGAAGUUUUAAAAGAAACAAUAUCACAAUAUAUACCAUUUAUAAGGUUUGGUUUGAUGUUACCAUAUGAUUAUGAAAGCAAGGUUAGAGACCCCUUUAUUUACAUUCUUCCUGAAGGGUUUGAUGAACGAAUUAUGAAGUAUUUUUAUGGUCCUAGUAGUAACUUAUGA